UGACGACGGUGAUUCCGUCAAUGACAACAGCAGUCAGCUAAUACUUACAGAUAUACUUGCCGAUUUACUUUCUUCUUCCCCAAUUGAAAAGCCCGUCUCUUUCCAAAACUCUGCGAAGUUUCUCCGACCUCGUGGCUCAAAAGUCCAAACCCAUCACGAUCUCCCCAUACCCUUGCUGGGUUUUCUCUUUCAGCUCUCUGAGUUACCAAUUUCCUGUCAAAGUUGAGAUUUUUACUUUUUUUUUUCCUACUAUUUUUCUUUUUAUUUUUAAUUUAAUUCAUCUUCCUUAUGGACUAAGUAUUGUGUGCGUCAUUGACUUGUACCUAGUUGGAUUCAUUCAUUACUUGGAGAAUUCUAGUGGUGCAGGAAAUGAUUAUCUCCGUCACAAUUUCUAGAGAAUCUUUUGAAUUAUUAAUUUUUUUACUUCCAAGGGUUCUGUAAUCAUGAUGUUGCAGCUUUUUCUCUUUUAAUAUUUUCCCAACCGGGUAGCUUUUGGUUUGGUGAAUUCUUUACACCCAACUCAGCAAAAUAUUCUCAGAUGAUUUGGUUUGGUAAAUUCGUUGUGCCCAAAUCAGCAGACUUUAUGAUUCUUCAACAAUUCUGUGAAAUCCCAAAAUUUUGAUUACUUUGAAGGGGGAUGUCUUUUGCUUGCCAAGAAGUUCAGCCAUGGACCCUUGCUGGUCUUAUACGAGCUUUUCUUGACCUGGGUUUGGCGUAUUUCCUGCUGUGUGUGUCUGCUUUCAUGUUUUUCGCUUCGAAGUGGUUGAGGAUUUUUUGGGUUUAUUUGCCCUGUCCUUGUAAUGGGGUUUUCGGGUAUCGAAACCGUGAUCUUUGCUUGCAUAAGUUGCUUAUUGACGGGCCUGUUGGGACGAUCCACGAUGUUCACAAGCUGGUGAAGAGCAGGUUCCCUUUUGAUGUUAUUUGGUCUCCGGAUCAAAGAUGCAACUUGAAUAGGAAACUGAUCAGAGAUGUGAAUUGUGAGAAUGGAGUCCAUGAGUUGGAAGGUGAAGCGGAUUCUAGUCCGUUUUCGAGUCCAAGAUUGCAAAACCUGGUUGAUAGGGAAAGUGGGUAUGAUGCUAAGGGGAAGAGGGUAAUGACUCUCAAGAAAAGGGCUGGAAUUCGGCGUUCUAGGAGAGCGGCUCCUGAAUACGGAAGGCUUUCUUCUUACUAUCCAAGCGAUAGUUCAAGGUUGGUUGCUCGCAUAUUCCCCUUUCCUUGCGAUGACAGAAAUACAAGGGAGAUGUCGGGUGAAAGCUCAGUUGCCAUAGCUGGUAGAGAAGAUUAUGUGAAAGUAUCAACUGGAGAUGAUGUGGCUGAAAGUAUGUGCCAAAAUUCUGAAUUGAGUGGAUUAUUUGGUGCGAGUAAGGACGUGGAUGUUAGUAACACACAAGAAAAGGCUCCCGUUGUUGGAAAUGAAACUGAUAAACUCAGGGUGUUGGAAGAAGCACUGGAAAAAGAGAAAGCUGCUUGUGCUACUCUUUAUCUAGAGCUAGAGAAAGAGCGAGCUGCUGCUGCAAGUGCUGCUGAUGAAGCGAUGGCCAUGAUAGCCCGUCUGCAAAAGGAUAAAGCAUCCAUAGAAAUGGAAGUGAGGCAGUACCAAAGGAUGAUCGAAGAAAAAUUUGUUUAUGAUGAAGAGGAGAUGGAUGCUCUGAAAGAGAUUCUUCUUAGGAGGGAGAUGGAGAACCAUUUUUUGGAGAAGGAAGUUGAAUCGUAUAGGCAGAUGAGCAUCUUAGGAAAUGAACGGUCUGAUGCUGCUUUGAGUGAUAUGUUGUGUGAACCGGGAAAAAUGCCUUCACCUUCAUUUGAUCCAAAUGCAGAUGCACAACUGAUGCUAAAGCAGACUGCUGAUGGUAAAUCCAACUGUAUGGCAAUCGAAAAUAUUGCAAAUAGUACUUCUCAGUAUGAGGCUUCAUUUGUUGAAAAACAAAUCCAUCCUAAUGAACAUGAUUCACUUGAGAAAUGUGUACUUUCAGAAAGGGGAGAAAAAGUACACAUGGAUAAUGUAAUGUGCCAAGAAAUGACUACUGAAGCAGCCCAAGCUCAUAUUGGUACCGAGGAAAACUUACAUUGUGAUGAAGAAGUGCCACAGAGUGAUGGGGAUCUUCAGAGAAUGCUUGAUAUUGAGCCAGCUGUUUAUGAUGUUCAUGUCGUUGAUGGUAAAACUGAACUUUGGAAAGAAGAAAGUAGAUCAUCACUUUAUACUGCAUUGGAUGGAUCCCAAGAUUUCGCUCAUACAUUUGACGCUGCCGGGGUCAGUAGCAGUGAGUUAUUACAAGGUUUUCCAAGUACAAGCCAGGUGGAUACUGAACCAUUCAUUCCAAGUUCUUUGGAUAUGCAUUGUGGGUUACCGAUGUUGGAUAGCUCCCGAUGCAAAACCUUGGUGAUAGACUCAAUGAAGAACUCAUUGUCCACAGUAAAUAGUGAAAGGUCGAAGAUUGACAAUGAGGUUGAAUUGCUAAUGGAAAAGCUACAGAUUCUAGAAGAGAGAAAAGAGAAGUUGACUUCCUCUUCUGAACAUGGGGAGAGGCAAAAAACCCCAUCAAAAUGUUUGGAGGAGAUCGGAACCCACGCUGCAAGAUUCAGCAGAUAAGAGAUCCUGCGUGCCAGGCUUCUUUACCUCCUUUGUCUUCUAAGGUAAGUUCGAAAAAAAGAAGCUGCCAAAGUACGUCCUCGGAGGCACUCGAAGCUACAAGUACCUAAAGCAUGUAAGAUUGUACGCUAAUUCCCGGAUUAAUAUCGGAAUGUUGGUGCUUCGAGUCCUUUUAUAUUUGAUCUAUGGUCGGAAGGAGUCUGUCAGUGAGUUGUAUAUUCCCACUAUACUCGUUAGUUAGAUUGUAGCGGUCAGUUGCCUGCUCUAGAUAACUUCUGUGUUUUGUGUAUUAAAUUUUGAAUUUAGAAAACAAAACAAAAAGGGUUCACAGCCAUGUUCCUCCA